UUGAUCUUUCAGCCUGACUGUAUAAAUGAUAGAAAAAUGUAUGACUUAACUGAAUUGGUUGAGGUGUAACAGCCAACUCAUAUUCAUCAGAAAGGAAUGCAUCUUUUCAAUAAAUGAUUUGGUUUCUUAAAAUACAGUGUAACAAAGAAUCACAUCUGACAUGCCCAGAUGAGUGAAAAGAUAGUUCUCUGUUGCCUACUGCUACCUCUCUCCAGGCAUAAUGUGCCUCAAAUGUCUAUUGACACUUCUUAGGAGCAAUCCAUGAUGCGCGGCGGUGUCCGGGGGCGCGGCGGCCCGCGCAUGGGCCGCGGCGGCUACAAGAUGAAGACGUUCGUGCCGCGGCUGCCGUUCGACAUCUACCUGUGUGAGCCGGCGUUCCAGCGGGCCAAGCCGGCGCCGGACGAGACGCCGCUGCAGCAGGCGCUGCUGAAGCGGAACACGGACCUGUCUCCGAGCCCCACCGAGCAGACGGCCGUGCUCAACCUGGUCACCAAGAUCGCCACCGUGCUCGACACGCUGAUCGUCACGCCCGGAUCCUUCGACGCCUGUCAAAUUGAGGAGCACCGCCAGGUGGGCUCCUACAAGAAGGGCACCAUGCGCACCAACCACAACGUGGCCGACGUGGUGGUGAUCCUGAAGACGCUGCCGACGCGCGAGGCCGUGGAGGCGCUGGGCAACCAGGUCACGGAGGAGUUGCGCCAGCAGGAGCCCGCGGACGUGCUGGUAAUGGCGAUGCUGCCAAAUGAUCGUGGCUUCGAGAUCAGCAACAGCGAGGCAACGGUGCGGGUGCUGGUGACGACGGUGCACCAGAACCUGCGGAAGCUGGACCCCGAGCUGCACCUCGACCAGAAGAUCCUGCAGAGCCACCUGGCGGCGAUACGGCACAGUCGCUGGUUCGAGGAGAACGCCCACCACUCUUCCAUCAAGGUGCUGAUCCGGCUGCUGCGCGACCUCAAGAACCGAUUCGAGGGCUUCGAGCCGCUCUCGCCCUGGAUGCUUGAUCUCCUCGCGCACUACGCUGUGAUGAACAACCCGAGUCGUCAGGCCAUGUCGGUGCACCAGGCGUACCGGCGCUGUCUGCAGCUGCUGGCAGCCGGCCUCUUCCUUCCCGGAUCGGCAGGUAUCGCCGACCCGUGCGAGGGCGGCAACAUCCGCGUGCACACGGCCAUGACGCUGGAGCAGCAGGAUCAGGUGUGUCUGACGGCGCAGACGCUGCUGCGCGCGCUCUCCCACGGCGGCUACAAGCAGGUCAUCGGACUCGAGGGCAACGCCAGUAUCGCCACCGACAUGACCGUCUGGGAGGGUAUCGUGGUCUCGCCGCUGGAGAAGGCCUACGAGAAGCCGCCCGAGAGGAAGGAGGGCGAGCCGGGCGACGAGCUGGCCGACGACGACGACAUGGACAUGGCCGACAACUGAGCGCCGGCCGGACCGGCUGGGGGGACGGCGGCAUGUACUCGUGUAUUAUCGCUGUGUGGCGCGCGUGGUCGGACGGACGCGUGGCAGGUCGAGUUUGUGUGCAUGUAUUGUGUUCUUUUUAAUGUCCUGCGACCGUGGUACGCAAGGCUAAGUGGGUGUUUCAAUUUAGGACCAUCUGCGCCGAUUAUCUGCUUAACUGUUUAAAAUGUUUUACGAAAAUGUGACAUUCUUUUCCGUUGUCGUGUUCACUGGCGUGGAUUUAUGAGCUUUUAUAAGCAAAUCAGUGUCCGUGGUGCCCGAUUUCGGUUGUGCGGCCCGUUCAGUGCGGUUGCGUGUGCGCAUGUGAGGGAGCCUGUCGUGUGUAGGUCUGUUGCGUCGGGGCCGGUAAUCACUGUCGUGACUCGGCAUUUGUACACACCGCGCGAAUGCAGCGGGUCGCCUUUAUUUCCAUUCUACCAGAAACGCUUGUCAUAAAACCGUUCAUCUUUAUCGAAUACAUCACGUCACAAACAUA